ACUCAAAUAUUGACUCCGCAAUUGUGUGUGCCGUGUCGAGCGAGCGAACGAGCGAGCGAGCGAGCGCGCGCGAGAGAGAGUAGGUCCGUCCGUCUGUGCAGUUAGGCGGCGAUGCUCCUUUAAAAAGCGAGUGCUCCCUGAGUGCGCGUGCGAGUGAGACACCGCGGAGUGUCGAGUGCGACAAACGGACGCGUAAGGUGCGUAAGUCGCGCGCCUCCAAUAGGUAGGUGACGGUUAUUCCGACGAGAAGAUCAACAAAGACAACGACGGGCAACGGAAGAACGAUACGCAGCGGAGCAAAUAUGCUGCCAGCGACGACGAGCGUGCUACUCUGCGGCCUGGCCCUGUGUGUUGGCCUCUCCCACGCGAGUAUUCUCGAGUCGACACCGCCGUCGAGUUUCUUCGCCAACGAUCAUGGAGCUCCACGGUUGGAUUUGGAGAGCCUCGAGAGCGGAUAUCACGGUCUGGUCAAGGAGAACGAAACUCUGGUCGAAGUCACACCGCAAAUUCGAGCUUUGGGCACCAAGGUUUGCUCUUUCCGCAUCGCCAAUAAGCAUCAUGGCGAGGCACCAUUCGAGAUCGUCCUUAAGGAGAAGGGGAUGGCCGAGCUGCGGGCGUUUCGAGUCCUGAAUUGCGAAAAACGACGCAAUUAUAAGUUUGACAUCGCUGCGGUCGGCUGCAACGGAGCGCAAUCUGAAAACGCAACGGUUCAUAUUACCGUGGUCGACGUCAACGAGUACGCGCCGCAGUUCCUCCAGCCAGCGUAUGUCAGCACGGUGGACGAGGGACGUCUCUACGAAGAGGUUGUCCGCGUCGAAGCCUCCGACCGGGAUUGCACACCGAAAUUCGGCGACGUCUGCAAGUAUGAGAUCCUUACCGCCGACCAGCCGUUCAUCAUCGACAACGAGGGCGCCAUUCGGAACACCGAGCCCCUGGAUUAUGAGCGAUCGCACAACUACAUUCUUAGCGUGGUCGCGUACGAUUGCGGCAUGAAGCAAUCCGCGCCGGCGAUGGUGACGGUCAAGGUGAACCGUGUGUGCGCUCCCGGAUGGCGAGGCAUUCCCGAGAGAGUCGACUACGCCGCCGGCGUUGGUUCGCAGCCUUUGCUACCAUCGGCACGACUCGAUCUCUGCGAUGCGCCCUGUAUUCUGCGCAACGUGCGCGCCACGCUGACCCUUGUUACCGAUCACAUCGGCAAAGGUUGCGAUCGCGACACGUACGGCGUUCGCAGUCAGCGCAAAUUGUGCGGCGCGUCGCGAGACAGCGUGGAUUUGCUACCUACACCCGGACCUACAACGUCCUGGACGGCGUCCCUGUCCAGAGACGAGGGUAGAGAGGCCGAUGAGAUCUUCGAAUUUGACGGCGUCGACUCGGCCGCGAUCGUGCCGAAUGACGUGCUGGAGCAUAGCCUGGCGCAGAAAUUCACCAUCGGCGUCUGGGUGAAGCAUCGGCCGCGUCCGCGACAGGAUCCGCAUGUCAAGGAGCAUAUACUCUGCGCCGCCGAUGAUCACAAGAUGAAUAGACACCACUACGCCUUGUUCAUAAGGAACUGCAGAUUGAUUCUGCUCCUGCGACGCGACUUCUCCGAAGGCGACCCCAACAUUUUCCGCGCGGCCGAGUGGCGUUGGAAACUCGGUCAGGUGUGCGAUGACAAAUGGCAUCACUACGCGAUCCAGGUUGACUUUCCGCAUGUCAGUUUAUACGUCGACGGCGAGGAGUGGCGCGCUGACGAGAAGAACCCCGAGGUUAUCGACGAUUGGCCUCUGCACCCGGCCAAGGGUGUCAACACUACCCUGGUGGUCGGUGCAUGUUGGCAGGGCUCCGAGAACAAGACUAAACACCAUUUCCGCGGCUACCUUGCCGGCCUCUCCGUCCUAGUCGGUCGCAACGAGAAGCCGGAAGUGUUGUCGUGCCUGCGACGUUGCCAAGAGGGUAUUCACGUGCCGCCUAUGGACCUGCUGCAACCAGGAACCCAACUGCUGACCAACUCUGACCUGACCGAAGUGCGUAUCGACGGUGACAAUCGUACCAACGUCGAGACCCUGUUGCGUCGCAUCGGCUACUCCAAUUCUCGGCGAUUCCCGACACCUGGCCGUCGCAAUUUCCGUCUCGACACUACGAUCGUCUGCGAGGGUAGCGAGAGCACGCCUCUGCCGGUACCGACCGUACAGUCAUACGUCACCGUAUUGCCACCUCCUCGGCCGGGUAUCACCGUCAACGGUACCGGCUACGUCGCCAGAGAGUACGCCGAUUUCCGGCUGGGUGUUCGCGUGUUCCCGGACGCGCGCGUCACCGCUGGUUCGGCCGCCAGACUGGACGCCUGCGCCGUUAGCGUUUAUCCGAGCCUCAAUCCCGAUCACGAGAGCCUGGGAUUACCCGGCGACGCCUUGCUAGCCUUCCACGAUAUCUCCGCUCGCGUCGACCGCGACGGCGUCGUCCUUUCGGGCGCGGAUUCGCCUUACAAUUAUCAGCAGCUCAUUCGCCUCAUCAUGUACACGAAUCGCAAACCGGCUUACUAUCUCGAUCGCGUUUUCAAGCUGACCUGUUCCGAGUUGAGCGGCCGUUUCGCCAGCAACGAGUACGUGCAAACGUUGGCUGUGAUUCAUCCCAAGGAGAAGACUACUGUUCCGCCGCACACAACGCCCGAAGGAGAACAACCGCCCAUUGCGAGAAUCGUCGAGCCGGCGCCGGGUCACGCGCAGCUCUCGCCGCAUCACGCCGAUCUGACGGACGAGUACGCUACCACCGCGCUUCGCGAGGGCGGCAAGACCAUCGGCGGCGGUGCCGGCCGCAGCCACGCCGUAACCAUCGUCGUCGCCGCCUGCAUGGGCUUCCUGCUGCUGAUGGGAGUGGUGGGUGCUGCGCGGGUUCGCGGAGCGGCUAAACGACGACGAUCCGCCGGUGAUGAGCUCGCCGCUGAAACGGAGAUGGCGUGGGACGACUCGGCCCUCGCCAUCACCGUGAACCCGAUGGACAGGCUGACGGCCGACCAGCAUCAUCAGAGUCGAGAGAGAGACGAGGACGUCGACGACUCUGGCAGUUCCGACUCCGAGGACGGCUCGUUCAGAGACGACGACCUCGACAGUUCCGACUGCGAAAAUGAUUGCGAACUCAGCAAUGGCCGGCACCGUCGCCACAAUUCGCCGCACGAUUUGGAAUGGGAUCAUCGCGAUGUUUAAGUUGCUUUUGAUCCUCGCGUUGCUGCAUUCGCCCCUCUUUCUUGACGUGGCGUUGAGAGGAGUACUGGCUCGUGCUGCUUCUUCUUUUUGCAAAAUUUAUCCAUACGACCGAUCAUCUCAUCGGCGAACGUGAUUCCGUUUCGAACGAUCCCGCGGAAAGCGGUCCGCGAGCGUCCGCGAAAACUCAAAUCUGUCGCGCGCAUCUCGACUAUCGUGCUGGAUUGACGUCAUUAAGAGAGAGAGAGAGAGAGAGAGAGAGAGAGAGAGAGAGAGAGAGAUUAGAAAAUUUACAGCGUUCUCGAAUCUUGAUAGAGUAAUAAAAUUUUAAGCUGCUCCGAACACUGCUCGCUCGAUCGCCUUCUCGAUUCUCUCAACAACUAUUUCGUUUACUGCGUGAGAAAGAGAAAGAGCGAGAGAGAGAGAGAGAGAGAGAGAGAGAGAGAGAGGGAAAGCGUGCGUUAUUAUAUUUACAUCCGUUCCCUCAUCUGUAGAUGUACGAUGUCGGUACACAACGAUCGAGUAACAACAACGGCAUUCAGUUAGUACUCGUCUUGAGCGCCGCCAGAAGAGCCUGUAACACAGAGUGCGGGAUGCUUUAUCGAAUAGUUGCAAUCUUUCUACCUACGAAUACGUCGCGUUGAUGUUUAGUAGAAUCGGAUAUACGCAAGGGAUACUUAAGCUUCGCCGGGAAGUGCUUCUCGCCGGAGAUAUCUAUUUACGGUAGUUGUUAAUUUAUACUUUUGACACACACACACAUACACACACACGCACGCACGCACACACACACACAACACACACACACACACACACCACUAGUAGUAUAAUAGGAAACUCUCUUUUUCUUUCUCCCUUCUCUUAUUUUUUUCUUUUUAUACUUUUAACUAUUUAUCCGCCUUUCUAUCGCUAUUCUAUAAUUAACGCUAUUUUGAUCGAAAUGCUACUACGACUAUUAUUCACCACUUUAUCGCAAUAAUAAUUAGUUUUACGUUUUAUUGUUAAGUAGGAUGGUAAAACGUAGUUUUAAAUACGACACGAAUCAAUCUCUUCCUUGUUUUCGAUUGAACUUUUACCCACACACAUUUGAUUUCAUAAAUAUAUUCUGUCGCAAUAAUCGUGUCUUUCGUAUGAAAAACACUCGAGCCAAUACAUACCCCGGCGUUGACCAGUGCCGGCAGAACGCGCGCGUAGCGUGUCAAAUACAUCGAGUCGCGAAAGCUAUUGUCGCGAAUCUGGAGAUUUAAGACACUAGCUCAUAUUUCCAAUUUUGUUUUUUACUCGGAUCGUUUUAUGCACAAUGUUCCUUCACGAUGAAUCUGCAGAAAAUAAAAGGAUAGCAGGAUGAUGUGGACAUUGCUACGUCGCAUCAUCGCUUACGAUAGCGCUUCAUCGUUGAAACAGUAAUAUAGCACCGGUGUAGCGUUAUAUCCGUAUAUAUGUGUGCGUGCGUGCAUGCGUGCGAUGCAAUCGGCCGCUAUCAGCGGUCGUUAAUAAGCUCUUACUGAAAAUGAAAUAUUUGACAAAGGAGCAUUUCUUUUUUCCAACAAUUCGGCAUGCGAAACAUGAACGAUGGGGAUAUUUGUCGUCGAUUCUCCACAAAUAUUUGCGCAGAUUAACGAUAGGUAUCGCGCAUAUUACGCGGUUAUAUGUGCGCGCUACACAUGUGCUCUACGUACGCAUAUAUACAAUAUCGUCCAUUCGUUAUUUCGUGGUGAGAGUCUCGAGUAGUGGCGAUUAUUAUAUUCUAAGUAUAUGCCCAAUAUGUGCGCAGUGGAUGGAUCGCGCGCUUCUCCUCUGUUUCCCCCUGUAUGUAAAUCGCUCUUUUCACGGAGAAACUGAUUUUUACGUGCCUUUUAAGCUGUAGUAUGUUGCAUUCCCGUCACUCGUAUGCAUAUAUUUUAAUAGCGAAUUUCUCACAGGCUGCGGUUUUCGUCGUUUCCCGUUAACCUCGACAUCGAGCUAAACAGGCUCUGUAUCGUUAUUAGAAACUUUUUGCAAUAGCGUACUGCAAACGAAACAUACGGUGAUGUCUGUUGAAUGACAAUCUAUUUCGAAGCAUCGUUUACGCCGUUUGAUACGUUGCGCGCGCUCUCUAUUGCAAAAAGUUCAAUUCAAGACAUGUAUCAUAGAUAUCAACCGUUAGCAGCUUUAGAAGUUGAGAAUCGAUCGGGCAAUGUCGCGGGAUACACGAAAGCUGUCACGCGAGCCUGCUCGACAAUGCCUGUCGAUGCCUAGCUUCGUCGUCGGAAAAGCGCUCGUCACAUACGUGCAAUGAUCCCUUAGGAGGGUGUCAUUCACGCUCACUCAUUCUCUCUCCCUUCAUCCCUUCUUUCCUCCCUCCCUUCCUUCCUCUUUCACUCACUCUCUCUCGUGAAAUGGUGACACGACAACUGCGCGCAUUCGCUGUCACUCGCCGCGAAGUAAUGAACGGAUCCUCGUGUGUGUGCGUGUAUGCGUGCGUGCGUGUGGAUGUGUGUGUGUGUGUGUGCGCGCGUGUCUGACUGCCUGCCUGCUGUAUGUCUGCUGCUGUAUGUCCUGCGUAUCUAGAAUUAUACCGAAUCCGACCGUUUAUUCGGCGGAGGCACUUUAGUACCGAGAGCUCUUGCGUACGGAUAUCUAUAAUAUUCAUAGGAAACUAUAAAUUUAUUUUUUCAAUGAGCAUAUCAUAUCAUUUUUAUAAGGUGUCUGUCGGAAACGGAAACUUUUCGUCAACGAUGACCAUCGUAUGACCAUCCGUGCUCUCUCGCGAAACUACUUGCGCCACAGUGGGCAAAAUUUUUCCCACAUCGAUUCUCGAGAAAUGAUUUCCUUAUUAUUUUCCUUCAAUUACUUUCGUUCGAAAGAAAACCGUUGUAACGAUAUACAUACUUUUUAUCUAUUUCUCCGACCCGCGUGAAAAAACAAACGCUUUGAUCGUCCGCGAAGAAUCACACAGAGGUUGACAACACUAUAUAUAACCUUGUAAGGAAAAGGCACACAUAGAGGGAGGCGAUCAUUCGUUCGACACCAUCAUAUAAUACAUCAAUAUACACUUGAUAUCGCUUGCUUUUGUACCAUUUUUCUCUGUAGCGUUUUCUCCGACGCUAAAUUUAUAUUGCAAAGCAAAUCUUGUAUUUAAAUCUUGUAAUCUCGUAUUUUAUAAGCGUCGUGCAGCACAGCAGAGUGAAGGUAGUAGAUCGAUCAAUCAAGAGAAUGACUUGAAUGAGGCGUGAAAUUCGGUAGUAGUUGGAUCGAACGAAGGAUCUGGCCAGUGUGUCUAAAUUAGCUUACGUCGAUGUACACACGCGUUUGUACGCUUAUUCUUCGAGUAUAAGCAUUCGCGCGUGAGCACACACGAGGUGAUGAAUCGUGCAAUUCGUGAGAUAUGUGAGUAUUUGUUGGAUCGUUGCCUGAUAUCGUGACGUUUAAUGAUAUAUGCGACAUUGUGACGUAUCUACUUACCUACCCAUCUUUUUUUGUAAGUACCCAACGCGAUGUCGGAUGUUGAACAAAAAGGGGUUGGGAGAGCGCGCUAAAGUUGAGCACAUUAAGAUAGCGCAACGGAUCUCGUAGAAAACAACUCGACUACUAGAAGAUCCCAAUUGAUCAACAAUUGAUAGCCAUCAACAAUUGAUAGCCAUCUCUUUCGUUUUCACGCUUAUUUUGAUAUCAGAAAAUUAUUCGGUCGCGAGUAAACGAUAUCAUGGUUUGGAAUUGAAAAUAUCUCGAUGAAACGUGUCAACAUGUUUAAAUGAUGUAAAAUAAGGAGAGUGUUCUCUUGACGCGAAUAUUUCUUCGCUAUCGUAUCGUGACACAGAAAUUGUGAAAAAAUCUCUGUCGACCGAUAAUUGAGAAAUAAUAAGACGUAAUCGGGUGGCACUUGUUCUAAAGAGGUACUUAAUUACUAAUUAAUGGGAAAGGAAAGAACUAUGCAAACCAACUAGAUGAUACUAUAAUAUAUAAUAUAUAUAUNACACACACACACACACACACACACACACACACACACACACACACACACACACACACACACAUACAUACAAAAUAUGAGCUGUUUGCAAGUGAUAUAAGGGAAAAGAAGGAAGAGAGAGAGAAAAAGGACAGUAUGAAUUUGUAAUGUACUAUUGUAUUUUGUAGGCAGCUAGCGUGUACGUAUAUAUAUGCACAGGUACCCUCGUGUAUGUAUGUUACGUAUAUAAAUAUAUAUAUUUCUCUUCCUCACCCUCGUCUCACUUACAUGCGCGCGCGCGCGCGCGCGAACCACACACACACACACACACACACACCAUUUGCCUAACGGUCAGAGAAAUAUUUUAAAUUUGAUGAAGAACGCUAGAGCUCGCGGAAAUGUGUCGUAAGUUAAAUAGUAUAACACGCAAAUUAAAAUUUUUAAAUUUUUGCAAAAAGGCAUCGUCUGCUCGACGACUAUUACACGCCCGUUAUCAAUGCGUAUAGAUUUUCACAUUAUAUACACGUGCUCAUACACACAGAACAUGCGCGUGUACACACACACACACACACACAUUCUUACGCAUUCGACGACAGCAAACCGUGCGUGCGUAAUUGCGUGCGUGUGUAAUUUGAGAAAUUGUAACGCUUCAUGAAGCAAACGCUCGUAGCAUUCGCUCGAUUGCCUUUUUAACGGGCCGAAUUAGUAGAAAUGUAGAAAAUCAAUAUUCAUUCUUCGAAAUUCGACAAAUAUAUAUAUCUUGUUGUGAAAGCACGAUACUUGGUAAUGUCAUAAAGUUGAGUUAAUCGGUUGUAUCGAUAAAUUUCUAUAACGAUAGAAUUUGUUAACGUAACUCAGCGUAUCGAUCGAUUUAUUUAUACGAAUAUCAUAGUGAAAUUCAAAGAUUGAAUGCUUAAAGCAUGGUAAGGAUGAAAAAAAGAUUACCCAGUAUAUAUAACGUAAGGUAUAACAUUAUACACAAUAUAGAAGAAUGUAACACACACACACACAAGGUACCACGUUCGAACGAGUUUUACGAGCGUUCAUUGCAUAGGGUGUCGUUAUUAUUUCCAAUUACAUGUGCAUUGCCCUAAUAAAAAAACAAUUGCAUGCGUGAUUCUGGCGAAAAGGCGAGCGGUAAAUUGCACGGCGAAUGAAAUAUUCAACUACUGAUUAGCGCUAGGCCGUAAUGAAAUAAUAUAUUACGUGCCGACUAAAUUCCCUCCCGAUUGAUUGUGUGUUAACUAAUAAGAUUAAGUAACAAUAUAGUACAGUUAAGGAAUCAAAUUAUUAUGGAUAAAUAACAAAAAAAAAGACAUAUUGUACUAUCUGUAUGCUAAGCACACACACGUUUCAAGCCCAAUGACUCGAACGAGUCUGAAAUUUAACGUGACACACUGAGUUACUCGGCGCGUCUGCACCGCGACGCACAGAAAUGUCAAAUUACCUUGUUACUCUGCAAACUGAAAGAUUGUUCAACAAAACUGAAAUAUUAGCAAUAGUAUGAUAAUUAUACACACGUACACAAUACAAGAUCACGCGCGGCCGCAUAUACACGCUGCACAGGCUAGGAAAAUGAAAUAUUAUCUAUAACAUCUACGACAUUAUAAGUAACAUUAAGACGUCAACUGUAUUUGUUUAAUAAAGAUGUACAUUGGA